AUGUGGUUGAUGGGCAGUUCCAUCGGCUUCCUCCUUGUCGGCCGACUCUCAGAUCUUUUCGGACGCAGAUGGUUCAUUGUCGGCUCCUCUUUCCUUGGAGCUGUUGGCAGCAUCAUUGGCUGUUUUGGCAGCAAUACCACCGUUCUGGUAGCAGCCAGUAUUUGCAAUAGUGUUGCUGCCGCCGCUCAACUGUCGUUCGGCUUCGUGAUCGGAGAGCUCGUCCCAACCAGAUUGAGAGCGCCAUGGUUCGUCGCUACACUUUUGGGGCCCUUUGUCACCGCUCCUAUCAGCGCUGCCGUCCCGUCGUACGUUUUGCUUGAUGGUACCUCUCGACGGCGAUGGAACUGCGGCGUGGGGUUUGGCUGUGCCUUUGUCUCUACGUGGGUAUACUUCCUGUGUUACUUCCCACCAUCGUGCAAGCAGCUCAACGUCGGUGGAGGGACCAAGCUCCAAAUGGCCAAAACCGUGGAUAUCGUUGGCAUCCUUCUCUUCGUUUCCGGCUGUGUUUUGACGAUGCUCGGCUUCUCGUGGGUGGGAGCCGAGUACCAGUGGAGAAGCAAGGAGGUGCGUGGUACAAUAAUCGGCGGAUUUGCGUCUUACUUUUUGUUCUUUAUCUACGCCCUGAUGCCUCCAAAGUUGUUCAAAAACCGAUAUUAUUUUGCACUCGCCACCAAUGCUCUCUUCGCUUCAAUGACCUACUUCAUUCUGUAUGUCUCUUGGCCAAUCGUCGUGGCCAAAGUCUUUGGCGGCAACUCGUACUACAUCUCUUGGCAAAUUGGCAUGCUGGGCAUCUUGUUUUUGAUUGGUAUGGCCAUCGCGGGCAUAUCCAUUGCGAACGGUACCCGAACCAAGUCACAUUGUCUCAUGGCAGCGUCUGUCGCUGUGGUGUUCGUAGGCUGCCUGAGUACCAUGAAGACUGACCGAUAUGCCCAAAUUACAGCAUCAGCAGGCUUGCUAUCCUUUGGUGAGUCGCGCAUCAUCUGA